AGGGAAGUGGCCUCUCAACAAACUCUUUGAAGUUCCCAGCGUUGGUCUGGCUGAGACAGUUGCUUCAAGAAGAGAAGCUCAGCUCCUGAGAGAACUCCCACGUGAGGAGAAGGCUGCACAGCCCCUCUGCUCAGAAGUCCCUUCAUGAAUCCCCAGAAGAAAGUCGACUUGAAACUCAUCAUCGUUGGAGCCCUUGGUGUGGGAAAGACUUCCCUCCUUCAUCAAUAUGUGCACAAAACAUUUUAUGAGGACUACCAGACAACGCUGGGGGCCAGCAUCCUCUCCAAGAUCAUCAUACUGGACGACACAACUUUGAAGCUCCAGAUCUGGGACACAGGUGGUCAGGAGCGGUUCCGCUCCAUGGUAUCCACGUUCUACAAAGGUUCUGACGGCUGUAUGCUGGCUUUUGAUGUCACUGACCCGGAAUCCUUUGAAGCCCUGGAAAUCUGGCGGGGUGACGUCUUGGCCAAGAUCAUCCCCAUGGAGCAGUCUUACCCCAUGGUGGUGCUGGGGAACAAAAUCGAUCUAGAAGACAGGAAGGUACCCCAGGAGGUGGCCCGUGGCUGGUGUAAAGAGAAGGAUAUGCCUUACUUUGAAGUCAGUGCCAAAAAUGAUAUCAAUGUGGUACAAGCCUUUGAGGUCCUGGCCAGCCGGGCACUGUUGAGGUACCAAAGCAUCCUGGAGAACCACCUCACAGGCUCCAUCAAGCUCUCGCUAGACCAGCCAAGGAGCAGAUGCUGCUGACACGCAGAUUCUGGAUUCCCAUAGACGGAACUGGGAGGGCCACUCAAUCCGGGCUCGUUCCCCACCAGCCUACGUCCCACCCAGGCCCAGCCAGUCACUACAGCUGAAGCCUUGGGCCCUUCCUGGGUCUAGAGCCCAGAUGAAGCCAAGAAUGUCACAGGCAAAUCCUGGCCCUGGAGAAACCACAGGAGCUUCAAUGGCCCCAGCUCUUCUACUGCCCACCUUGUCACAACACAGUCCUGCUCCAGAACACUCAACUCUGUAGACCCGCCACUGACUUGAGCCAUAUUGACCCAUGGACCAGCCUCCUGAACCCUUCCCAUCACACACCUCCAAAGCCACAAGUCAGCUUUGGGCGACUGUGCAGAGCUCCAUCUCUUUCAACAACCAGGCCAAAGAGCCAGGGCAUGAUCCACUCCUACGAGGCAGCAGCUGGCAGGCCGAGAUUCCCCUCAGUUCCCUCCAGAGCCAACUGACAGGACACAGGAAAAGCUGUUAUUUCUACCUGCCUGGUGCUAAGGCAAGUCUCAUAAACCUCCGGGGCCUUGGUGUGUUCAUCGGUCAGGUAACGGUGACCCAAUCCCUGCCCAUGUCCCCCUGGCAAUCUGAGGAUGGGAAGCUUUCUUUAAAUCCCACUUGGUGUCGUGGAUAUGUUAACUCAUUGAGCAAGUAUUUUUGAGUUGACUACCAUGUACAUUGGUCGGGUGACAAGACAGGAUCCCUGACCUCCCAGAGCCGCCCCUGCUGAAGAGAAAGCCCAGUGCACACAGAGCAGGUAAAUGUCACCAGCGAAGUGAACCAGGGCGAGGUGAGUGGGAGAGCUUUCCCGUAGAGGUGGCCAUUGGGUGAGAGCUACAGAAUGAGAAGGCGGCCUGAGAACUUCAGGAAAACAUUUCAGGAGAGGGCUAGCAAGGCCAAGGCCCUGGGGCAAAGGCCAGUUUGUCUUAUUCCAGGAACAAGUGUGAAAGGACUUGCAUUGACCUGGACUCAAAGCUGCUGCCCCAGAAUCAAGGCCAAGGAGACCCAACUUCCAGAGCGCGCCUUGAUGCUCUGACACCCGCCGCCACCAGAGGGCGGCAGCACUCCCCGCUUGGGGCUGAGCAGACAGGAGCUGUGGUUUGCGCCUCCAGCAGAUGCUUGAAACUUGUCUCCAGGCUCUGGACAUGUUGAACCCAGAUAUGUGAGGCAUGAAUUCAUAUGUCCUGACCCUAAAAAGAAAUGGUCAAAACUGCAGCAUACUGGAGUCAGGCAUGAAAUGAGAAUCAGAGACAAAUGCUAGGAGGGAGUUUCAUUCUCUGUCCCCACAGAUACCAAGGCUGUAACCUGCCAUUUCUUCUAGCUUCAUAUGGCGCAGAUAGAAGGGACCAGUAUGAAAGAGGUGGACAAGUUCAUGUCUCAUGCUCACCACAGACAUCUCCCGUCUCAGCAGAUGCCUCCUUUCCUGAGUUCCAAGCAGGCACCUGUGACUGCAGGUGAACUGUGGCUCCUUCAAAGAUUCACUGAGAGGUAGAAGAGCCUGGGGACUAAUAAAGGGGCUUGGGGAGCCGCUUCUGCCCCUCUCUAGCUCUGAAGUAUGAUCAGGUUCACUGUGGGCAGCAGUCAUCUGGCGAGCCCACAGCACGCCACUGUGUCCUUCAAAGGUGAAUUCCACUCGCUCAUCUUGCACGCACACUACUCUCGUGGGAGCCAAACACACCACGAGUGGAUGUGUCACGUGUGGGAGCAGGCAUCAGCUUGGACACUGAGAUGGACACAUUGGGGCCUUGGUUCUUACCUUUUGUGGAACAGUAGUCAGCCUUGGCCCAUGAUUUGAGUUACCUGCCAUCAACUAUGAACCCAAAAUAUUAAAUAUCAAA